AUGAAUUACUUGCAAUUCAUGUUGAUUAUUGUCAUUCAGGUUGGCAAAGGAUGUGAAAGCCAACCCGAUUUCCAACUGUUAAGUGCUGUUAUACAAAAUAUUGUUAUUGGUGCCUUGGAGCCUAAUGCCAUAACUCUGGAAAUUAUUACCAAUUAUUCGAACAGUGAAAAUCAAAAAUUAAAUACGGAUCUCGUUGAGGAGAUUUUAAAUAUUAAUACCAAAACUGAGAAGCCCAUACCAAUCAUCUUAAAUCCUCCGUGGGAUUCAUUGAUGGAUGAUCGCUUGAAAGUUAGACUACUGAUGGUUCAGCGAGCUGAGGACGUACGCUUGGAUUUGGAUGGAUCAGUAAAGUAUUACAGAUCAUUGAAAUCUGUACUCACUACAACUCCAAAAUAUGUUGUUAUUUUCACAAGCUAUCAAUUCAACGAAAUGGAACGGAUAUUUCAACUUCUAUUCGAUGCCUAUAUUUUGGAUGUAAUAAUUGUAAUGCCUCAUACCAAUCAAGUGCAGAUAUUCACAUAUUUUCCUUAUCACUCGAACCGAGGGUGUUCCAAUGUGCUGCCUGUAUUGGUAUAUACUACUGACGGUUUUGAAAAACAGCAGCCAAUAACGUAUGACACAAUUUUCCCCAGGAAGACUUUAAAUUUCCACCAGUGUCCAAUACGGGUGGUAGUAUGGAACACACCCCCAUACAUAGAUAUUAUAGGAGAUCCAACUGGCACAGUAUCACUGCAAGGAUUCGAUGCAUCUAUCCUGGAUAUCUUAUCGAAAGAAUUGAACUUCUCAGUAGAAGUGGUACCCAACGAUCCACCGAAAAUCAUAUCCGGAGUUGUUUAUCCCAAUGGCACAGCAGCGGGUGUCUUUAAAAUGCUACAACAACAACGCCUCAAUCUCACAAUCGGUUGGAUUUCAUGCAUGUUGAAUCGUUUAGAAGUCUCCACGGGAUCAAAUGCCUAUUUCACAGAUCAUUACGUCAUCAUUCUCAAAAAUAACAUUAUGGUGACGCCCAAUGAAUUGCUUCUGAGACCCUUCACCAAAUCCACCUGGCGUGUAUUGAUUUGUGUUGCUAUCGUUAAGAUAGCUCUGCUACGGAUGAUACGCAAACAUAAAAUUAAAUUCCAUUCAAUUUUACUUCUUGCCUGGCUAUAUUUCCUUUUCUUCUUUCGUGUUGGAUAUGAAGGUGUAAUGAAUCAUGUAAUAACUCAUCCACCGUACCAACCAUUGCCUCAGACUAUCGAAGAAUUCAUCGAGCAGAAUUUCACCCUAUUCGCCGAUGAUUCGACGAAUCGUAUUUUAGAUUUUAUACCCCACCUAAAAGAGAUAUCUCAUGUCAUACAUUGUAAUCCAUUGGAGUUGUUGGAACAGCUGGAUUCAUUGCCACCGAAAUUCGGUAUAAUCUCAACAGAGGCCUACAUUGGCCACUUCAUGAAAAUGCACAUGGAAAAUCGCAGCGACUAUUCCAUUUUGGAAGAGAUAAUAUUAACGGGAGUGAAUUGUAUAUACUAUCCGAGGGGCUCAUUUCUAGCACCUGUGGUUGAUGAUAUCUUGGAUUGGCUAAGCAAUUCGGGAAUUCGUGAUAAGUUGGUCAAGGAAAUUGGCAUGGAAAAUGUUCCGCAUAGUACAGCAGUUUUAAGACAAUUUGUCUAUGGCGGUAAACAUUUUAAAUUGAAUUUCAAUUUUCUGCAAAUCGUCUUUAAAACUCUGCACUAA